UCAUUUCUGUCACGGACAUUGAAACAGCUGUAUUGGAGUAGAUUUACAAAAUAUUUUUAUCAUUUAGAUAAAAAAAUAUAUUUGUUUUCCUUUUAUUUUGUACUGUGACUAGAGCAUUUAGCAUUUAUUUAUUGCGUUGUGCGGUUUAGCAUUUGGUUUUGGAGUUUUAGUGUGUUUUGAUUUGUGAAGACGCAAUAGGUGUUAAUAUGUCGAGCGAGAAGCCUAGUGGGAAUAAUGGAACGAGUGAGGGCAGUUCUCAGGCAUUGCAGUCUGCUGAUGAUGAGAACUUGAAGUCUUGUUGGGUGUGUUUUGCCACGGAGGCGGACGACCGUCUGGCGGCGUGGGUACAGCCCUGCAAAUGCAUUGGCACUACAAAAUGGGUACAUCAAAGCUGCCUCCAACGAUGGGUUGACGAGAAGCAACGCGGCAACAUCACCCGCAAAGUCCUCUGCCCGCAAUGCAAGGCGGAAUACAUAGUGGUAUUCCCCUCUAUGGGGGCCUUCGUGGCUCUCCUGGAUGCUAUGGAGGAGAUCACCCACAAGAUCUGCCCAUUUAUAGCUGGAGGAGUGCUCUUGGGGUCCAUAUACUGGAUCGCAAUCACGUACGGAGCUGUCACAGUCAUGCAGGUGGUCGGCCACAGAGAAGGGCUAGAGAUGAUGGAGUCAGCCGACCCACUAGUGCUGCUAGUCCUCCUGCCCACGAUCCCGGUGACACUCAUCAGCGCCAAGAUGUACAACUGGGAGGACUCCGUACUGCUGUUCCUUAGGAAGUACUGCGCGAAGGUGCCCGCGCUGUCCUACAUACUGCCGUUUGGAAACGUGGAAGGAGACAGGGGAGCAGUGGUGCCGGGACAACCGAACAACCAGAAUCCAAACGCGAGCUCCCACCUCUCCCCUACGAGGAUAUUCUGUUCCGCGCUCCUCCUGCCCACCAUAUCCACCAUCAUCGGAAAAAUAUUCUUCCGGUCCAUACAAAAUAACUUGCAUAGGACAAUACUAGGAGGACUUACGUACAUCACCAUAAAGGGAGCCCUAAAAAUCUACCACAAACAGAUGCUCUACAUCAGGCAUUCCAGCAGAAAGAUCUUAGACUACACGGAAUCGAACCUGAAACUUUACAGGAGUAACACCACCACAGACGCCGUUUCCAGCACUAGGGAUGAUUCAGAACAGGUCGUUUAAGUUUUAUGUAUGUCUUUUUGUAUGGAAUAAAUGAUUGGACGUUCGUAUGGGCGUGUAGCUUAAGGGAUGCGCAGUCGACAGUUUUUUGUCCAUUGAAUUUGUGAUCAAGUUUGACUGGUGCCUGACAAAGGUUCAGAUAGUUAUCUGACACUUGUGUAACGUCAAAUAGUUCGUGACACCUGAAGUGACCAAAGUAUAAUAAGAUGUGCGAUUGAUUGUCUUUCAAUCUUCGAAUCGGUAGGUAACCCCAAAAUCCUGGGGGGUACCAGGGGGUGCCUUAGGACUUAUGACAGGGGGUUAUCGCGC